UCGCCGGCCCUCUUCCGCGCUCGCAGGGGCCUCCAUUUUGUCGGUAAAGCAGGAGGCUGGUAGAAGGCGAACUGUGCUCUGUGAGUCGCUCGUGGGCAGUGUUUGAUCCGCGAAUCGUUUCUCCCUGUUAAGGGAGGGAGGUUUGGAGGUCGAGAGGGAGUCGCCGCCACCGCCCGAACUCGAAGUCGCUAGGACUUCUCUCAAACUUGUGUGCUGAGGAGACUCGAUGUUGGCCUCAGCUCCUAGGCUGAAAUCAGCAGAUUGGCUCAUGAAAACUUAUGUAUUGAGACAAAGGAAAGGAUCUAGCAGAAAGCAACAUCUCUUAUCCUGGGCUUGGCAGCAAGGAAGAGGACAAGUAGUGGAGAUCCUGCAAUCUGAGAAGCAGACUGAAAGGUGACAAAGAAGCUCAAGAUGGGUGGUGGAGAGAGGUAUAACAUUCCAGCCCCUCAAUCUAGAAAUGUUAGUAAGAGCCAACAACAGCACAACAGACAGAAGACCAAGGAUCAGAAUUCCCAGAUGAAGAUCGUUCAUAAGAAAAAAGAAAGAGGACAUGGGUACAGUCCAUCGGCAGCUGCAUGGCAGGCCAUGCAGAAUGGGGGAAAGAACAAGAGUCUUUCUAAUGACCCAAAUUGGAAUGGUAGCUUAACAAGUCCAAGCUUGCUUUUUAAGUCUCAGGCUAACCAGAACUACGCUGGAGCCAAAUUUAGUGAACCACCAUCACCAAGUGUUCUCCCCAAGCCACCAAGCCACUGGGUUCCUGUUUCAUUGAACCCUUCAGAUAAGGAAAUAAUGACAUUUCAACUUAAAACCCUACUUAAAGUACAGGUUUAAAUCUAAGUACUAAUUUUAAAUUUUGUGAUGUUCAUAUGUAGCCAUCAGUUGAUUUGACUUUAGGUAAUUUUUAUAAAACUAAUUCACAACUAUAAGCAGACAUCUGAUUUAUGUCCUAUGUACACUAUAUUAUAAUAGUGUCAUAAUUUAAGUAGCUAUUUCCACUUGGUAGUUUUGCUAACCAAAUUCAAGCUUAGAUUUGGAGAACAGUAACCAGCUUUUUAUUGUCUAGCAGGAAAACAAAAGGGAAAUCAGACAGUAAGCAUUUAGCUAAGAUAUAAAGGCUGCAAACAAGGCGCACAGUUCAAUUACAUGUUCUAGAAGCACCCAAACCCUAACACCACAGGCAUCUUUUCAAAUAGCUGCCUCUUAUCGGAAUGAGGUGAAUUAGAUAGUAUAGUGGUCAUUUCUUAUGCACUGGAUAGGCAUCAUAUACCAAAUCUUUUACAUUUUUAUUCAGUAGCAUCCUACAAAGCUUGCUUAUAGCAGGGAGUUGUGUAUUUUGAAAAUUAAAUACCUAGGGAAGAAAAGAGCCAUGUAAAUACAUGUAAUAAGCUUGUAACAUAUGUAAAGUUUUCCUGGCCUUUAUUCUGCAAAAAACAACUUAUUUUUAAUGUGAAUUUGCUGGUGAAUAUAAGACUAUGAACUGUUUUUAUACUAUGGCCUAAUUUUAAAGGUCUGCAGUUUUCAAAAGAUUACCCUUGUGCUUAAGUGCCAGUGUAUCGAUGUAAUUGGUGUGAUUGUAACCCAUACAAAGUGAAUCUGUUGUUUUUAUAUUGAAAGGCUUUAAGCUGCCAAGACAUUUCCUGUUUUUGGUUUUUCGAGACAGGGUUUCUCUGUGGCUUUGGAGCCUGUCCUGGAACUAGCUCUGUAGACCAGGCUGGUCUCGAACUCACAGAGAUCCGCCUGCCUCUGCCUCCCGAGUGCUGGGAUUAAAGGCGUGUGCCACCAAGACAUUGCCUGUUUUUAAGAGAUGUAAGAUAAAGCAAGAUUCUCUUCCUGAUCUUUUUAAACCCAAAGAUUCAUUUUGUCUUUAUCAAAUCAUAAAAGUGAAGAUUUAAGUGUGACCCAGGAUUAUUUAUGCAAAGUAAUCUCUAGCUCGUUAGCCCAAACAGUUGCAAGUUACUUUUCAGUGAAUAUAAGCAAAAUAACCAAUUUGUAUUUCCUCAAUUAAGUUCAGACCAGAUAUUGCCCAAAUCAAAGUACUCAGUACACUAAAGGACAAGCUCAUAAAAUUAUGAUCUAAUUUUGAAGUAUGAAAUCCAAAAAUAAAACUUUUCCUCCCCAGUA